AUGGAUAGAAUUGUGUUUAGUGUUAACGGAAAACAGUGCUCUGUUGGUCCAGACAUCGACUCAGACCUAUCGCUGAAUGACUACCUCCGCAACUAUCUUAACCUACGCGGCACCAAGUACAUGUGCAAGGAAGGCGGUUGCGGCGCUUGCGUAGUUGCUGUCACCACCGUCGACCACUUCGGCCGCAAGCGAACGCUUUGCUACCAUCCAGUGCAGAGAGCACUGGCGGAGUACAAUGGCAGCCAAUGUGGUUAUUGCAGCCCUGGAUGGGUCAUGAGUAUGUACAGCUUAUUAGAAUCUAGUAAUCACAAUUUUACAUCAUAUGAAAUAGAGAAGUCAUUCGCCAGUAAUACGUGUCGUUGUACCGGAUAUCGAACAAUUCUCGACGCAUUUAAGAGUUUCGCUAAAAUAGAAACAAAAUUUAAUAUUAACGACAUAGAAGAUUUAAAUAUUUGCAAUAGCCAAAAAUCUUGCGACACGAAAUGUGAUAACACUUGGUGUAUAGUUGGUAAAAAUGACCUGAAAUUUGACGUAAAAAAGAUAAUUAUGAAAGACGGACAUGUCUGGUAUAAAGCUAACAACGUUCAAGAUGUUUUUGAUGUUUUAAAAACUGAAGGAACCAAAUCCUAUCAAUUAAUUAAUGGUAAUACAGGAAGAGGUGCAUUCCCUAUCGUGAUUGGUACCAUCGGCGGCAACUUAAUGCUGAAGCAUAAACACCCUAGUUUCCCUUCAGAUAUCUUUCUGUUGUUCGAAACAGUUCGUGCUACUUUAACAAUCAGAGACGCUAACGGAUCAAUGGAUAUGAGUCUACCUAAUUUUCUAUCCACGGAUAUGACGGGAAAAUUAUUAGCUGAAAUUAAACUGCCACCACUGUCAUCAAAUAAUUAUUUUAUUUCUUUUAAGGUGAUGCCACGUUCACAAAACGCACCGGCCCAUGUGAAUGCGGCGUUCAUUUACCAGUUGCAUAGGGCAGACAGAGAGACAUUGCAGUCCGUCAGCAUAGUCGUUGGAGGACUCUCAGAGAAAUUCGUCCGCGCCCACAAUACGGAAAAGUUUCUGCUCGGAAAGAAGCUAUUUACAAAUGAAACCUUACAGGGCGCUCUGCGGGUGCUCGAUAAGGAAAUGCCUAUGGAAGAAAUUCGCGCCAAUUCAAAGGCGCAAUAUAGAAAGAAAUGUGUUUUGGGAUUAUUCUAUAAGGGAUUGCUGUCUCUAAUACCACCAGAAAAAGUAAACACCCGCUACCGUUCAGGCGCUAAUGACUUUAAAAAAACUAGGCCGGUGUCGAAAGGCUCCGAGAUUUACGAUACAAAUCCCCUUCUCUGGCCGCUGAACGAGCCUAUGCCAAAACUUGAAUCAUUAGUCCAAUGCUCCGGAGAAGCUUUGUACGUUAAUGACGUUCCAGCCCAAGCGAAUGAGGUCUUCUGUUCUUUCGUCACGUCCAAUGUUUGUAGGGGCGUGAUCAAAUCGAUUGAUCCAACAGCGGCCCUGGAACUGCCUGGCGUCCUGUCGUUCUUCACCGCGAAAAACAUUCCCGGCAAGAAUUCCUUUCUACCUAAAAAAGUGCCCGGGAUCCUCGUUUCCGAGGAAGUGCUUUGUGAACGCGAUGUUAAGUACUACGACCAGCCAAUCGGGAUAAUAGUAGCGGAUACAGAAAAACUGGCUAACCACGCUGCUCGCCUUGUUAAGGCGAAGUACGAACAAGUCAAAUCCCUACCAGUGUUAACUAUAGCAGACGCCAAAUCAAGAGAACCCGAACGCGUAUCGCUUCUACUGUUCUAUCCAGCAAGGGGCAGGGGCCUGGAUAUCAAGACAGUCAUAAAGGGGAAACAAUGCAGCUCCGGACAAUACCAUUAUCAUAUGGAGACGCAGUCCUGCGUAACGAGGUGCAGCGAGGAUGGAAUAGACGUGUACGCAGCUAGCCAGUGGCCAAAUCAAAUUCAUGUGGCUAUCUCGGAAAUGCUCAAAUUACCGCAAAAUCGAAUCAACAUAGCGAUUCCACGCUGCGGGGGUUCUUUUGGAGCCAAAAUAACGCGUAGCGGUAUGGUUGCUUGUGCUUGCGCAUUAGUCACCCAUCUGACCACCCGCCCGUCACGUUUCGUUAUGAGCAUGGAGGCAAACAUGCGGAUAGUAGGCAAGCGUUUACCGUACCUGCUAGAAUAUGAGGUGGGUGUGGACAAAGCGGGUGAAAUCCAGUACAUGGAGUACAAUCUAUACGAAGACCAUGGAUACGUUGUCAGUGAUACCGUCACAAUAUUCAGUACGGCUGCAAUUAAAAAUUGUUACAACAACAAGCGGUGGCAGUACAAGUUGUUCACCGUGACCACUGAUACCGCAUCUAAUACAUAUGCAAGGUCACCAGGUGCCCUAGAAACCAUUGCUAUGACGGAACAUGUUAUGGAAAGAAUAUCAUAUGAGCUUGACUUAGAUCCGGUGGAGGUUCGUUUGAAGAAUGUGAACCCAUUACUAACCGACGUAUCAGAAAUCGUUCGAAACCUUUUAGAGGAUAGUGAUUACAAAAAGCGCCGAGAAGAAAUGAAGAACUUCAAUGAGAAAAACCGCUGGAAGAAGCGAGGUUUAAGGGUCGCGAUUAUGAGCUGGCCCGCUGGAACCAUAAUGGACUACCAUAUACUAAUAACGGUAUACCAUGGCGACGCCACGGUAGUAGUGAAGCAUGGCGGUAUCGAAGUUGGGCAAGGCAUUAAUACGAAAGUCGCCCAAGCCGUGGCUUACACACUGAGCGUUUCGCUGGAUAAAGUGAGAGUCAAACCGUAUGAGGUCUCCUCGAAUCCGAACUGUUCGACAUCCGGAAGCAGCAGGACGACGCAUGCGAUAUGCUUCGGAGCAAUUAAAUGCUGCCAACUGCUGUUGGACCGCUUGUCAGUAGUAAGGGACACGUUGAGCAAUCCGACUUGGGAACUGCUCAUACAAGCAGCGUUUACAGCUGGCAUUAACCUACAGGCCAGUUACAGAGUGACGCCGAACGACGAGGAAGUACACAGGUCAGCUGGUGCAGCUGUUGCUGAAGUGGAAUUGGACAUUUUGACGGGGGAGCAUGAGGUGUUGCGCGUCGACAUUAUAGAGGAUGUCGGAUUAAGCUUAAACCCUGAAAUUGACGUGGGUCAGAUAGAGGGAGCGUUUGUGAUGGGGCUUGGCUACUGGACUUGCGAACAGCUGCUUUACGACGAGACAACGGGUGAACUGCUUACCAAUCGCUCUUGGAACUAUCACGUGCCGCUAGCUAAAGACAUCCCUCUUGAUUUUAGAGUCAAGCUACGAAGGAAUUCUUUGAACCCGAUUGGUACUCUGGGAGCUAGAGCCGUGAGUGAACCACCGAUAUGCCUAGCAGUAAGUGUCGCUUUCGCGCUGCGGGAAGCUAUUGCCGCCUCGCGUGUAGACUCUGGAUAUCCGAGAAACCAGUGGUUCGACGUAGAUGGUCCGUAUACAUUGGAGACGAAUUUGUUAAAAUCAGACGCACGGCAGGAUGAGUUUUUGUUUUAU